AUGAAUCUACGGGAUAUUGGCGCUACAGAUUUGGCGACGUAUCACGUUCGACUGCACGAGACCAUGAACGAAAUCGCGACGUUUGCCAGACAAAUCGGAGGCGAUGGUAGCGUAAUAAACUUUGACAAUUACCAGGGCAUUGUUUCAUUUGUGAAUACUUCCCAUGUCCACUGGAAGUUUCUGUUCAUAAAUGCUUUGAACCAUACCGUUUAUGUGGUCAACCCAUCAAAGAGUUCCACAGAGCAAACUGAAUCCAGGCAUGCCGCAAAAAACUUCAGCAAGUAUCUAAAAAUAAGAAGAGAGUGCCAUGGGAAAACAGAGUGGCUGAACAUAAAAUGGAAAGGAGGAGUACUGACCCAUCCAACCCAGCAGGAUGCCAGUAGCUGUGGCAUCAUUGUCACCAUGAUUGCAAGGGCAGUGAUGAAGGCCUUUCCAGCUGUCCCAGUCAUAAGCUUUGGGACUUCCAAAAAAGAAAUGGCAAUUGAAAGAGAAGUAAUGGGUGCCCAGAUACUGGAAUCAUCAGUGUUUGAUGAGGCCAAUAAUUGUGCCAUGUGUGCAAUGGCAAAACCAAUCGGAUCUGGGCCUCCCACUACACACUGGGGAGAAGUGGUGAGGCAGGAUCAGAAGGAACUGAGUGAUGAUUGUGCAUGUGCACCAGACAAAGAUAAGGAAGAUGACGAAGAUCACAACGACCCCCCAUUGGCUUAA